CAUUUCUUUUCAAUUUUCAUUCCUCAAUGGCGACGAGAUUUUUGUAAAUGUACUGAACGUUCGUAACAUAUACAUUUAAUUAUAUGACUUCAUUGUUACAAUAUAUUAAUUAAAAUGGAACUAAGCCGCACAACAUUAGGUUUCGCAGCUGGAAUAGCUGGUACCCUCUUCUUAGGGUAUUGUGUGUAUUUUGAUCAACAACGUCGUAAAGACCCGCUGUACAAAAAAAAAUUGAAGGAGCGUAGGCAAAAUGCACAACAGAAUUCAAGCAGAUCACGCACAAUGGGUGGUCCUCUGCCUGAUAUGAAUGAUCAUGAAGCCAUGCAGAGAUUCUUCCUGCAACAGAUCCAACUGGGAGAAGAAUUGCUGGCAGCUGGUGAUCUAGAGGCAGGUGUGGAACAUCUAGGACAAGCGGUGGCUGUUUGUGGACAGACACAACAAUUACUAAGUGUGCUCCAACAAACAAUGCCACCACACAUAUUCCACCUACUCCUCAAGAAGUUACCAGAGAUAUCUGACCGCCUUCGCUGUUCAAUGAGAGGUGCAACCUUACAAGAAGAAGAUGUUGAAUAAAUUAGUGUUGACAUGGUACAGGAACAUGUGGUAUGCUGGACAGAGUACUUCUGAAAUACUCAUAUUUUUGACAACUGGCUUCAAAUUACUAGUUUUGUGCAUGACCAAAUUGUUCAUAGCUAUGUUGGGACUGGCAUAUCAUAUACUCCAUAAGCCAUGGCUCUAGUUAGAUUUAUUGGCCUAAGAUUUCAUUUCCUCUAUCUAUUCAAUAUUUAAGAUUCUUAGUCUGCACUAUUAUUUCAAUACUUAUGUAUUAUGUUUUCUAUAUAAAUUUUUAUUUAGUAUUAAUCUUAUUUCAUAUAAUCAUGCCUUCUGUUGAAAAAAGGUUCAAAUAAGCAUUAUGUAAAUGUUAUUUUGUGAAAUUUUCAUACUGUAAUACAAAAGAAUAGUUUAAAAUUAAUAAUACUACUAUAAAGUGGCAGUAGCUUUUUCUUCUAAUAAUAUUUGAGUAUGGAGGCUGUGAAACAAUAUUGCCGCCAAAAUUAAAACUAAAUACUUUCCGUAGAAGUUCAAUAAUGUAGAUAAUUUGUUAGUGUUUUUAGGUUUUGUGUUCACAACUGGUUAAGUAUGCUUGAGUUUUGAAUGAGAUUUAUUGUAAAAUAAAAGUAUUGUAUUA